AUGAGUGCGCGAAAACAAAUUGGUAGAAUAACUUACAAACUGGGUAAAAGUUGGGAUUGGGACAAGUACAAAGGCGGUCAUAUUUAUGGAGUUCCUCUAGGUGGAACAAUUGUACAACAACCUUUUGCUAUUGGAGUACGGGAGGAUCUGGUCAAAAAGGCAGUUUUACUUGCCAUUGCUCGUGAUGGUGAUAGUGGUGGAGGUGUCCGAGCAAUCAUAGUUAGUCAUGUUCAAUUUCUAAAUACAAGAGGAGGGAGUGACCAAGAAUUUCUACCCAGGCACGAUGAACUGGAGGCUCGUAACUCGUUGCUUAACAUUCUUGGUGCCCCAGAGCCAAUGAACAUAUGA